GUGAUUUUCGAGUCACCGAGUGUCAAUUCUUAUAAACAAUGCCCAACGAGACGUGAAACGGUAAUGAAUUCAUGGCUAAACGAUGAUCUCGUUCAAGCUGUAUCAAUACUAGUCUUUUAAGGUCAUGUAUUAACAGGUUACUUCCACUUAUCAUUCGAAGCAGCUGAAUGAUUAGAAUGUUUUUUCAACGACUUUGACAAAUUACCUAUUAAACGUUUCGAGACGUUUGUUACUGACACGUACCAGUUCUCAUUAAUUUCGUGAUACAUCAGAAAAGAACAGAAGUUUCUGUUACUUUUUGUGUUGACGUGUUACGAGAAGCAUGUUAACAUGCAAAACAUAUCGUCAUUCAAGAACACAGAACGUCCUUGUAAUUACAGACAUGCACACAGUGGCCGGCACACGCGAAGAAUUUCAACCAUUCUCUUGGGAAAAAGAAACCAAAACAGAUAAAAAGAAUUCGAGUGAAAAACGAGAAAAGAAACGCGACAGUAUGGAAAAGUGUAGCGGAACGUGUUGUUUGUGGAAGUAAUCGACACAUUCCACGGCGAUCGAUGAAGGAAUCUGGAGACAUAAAUUAACGCCACGUAAUCAUAGAGAGUCGCGACCACUUUUACCAGUUACCAUCUCGUUACCAUCCUAAAACUUACUUUCCAUCUUCUAUUACUAAGGUAAUGAUACUUUGCGAUCAUCCAACUUUUUCCAUCAAAAAUUUCAAAAUAAUAUUCCUCCAUGAUAAGUGUUUUCCAAGGCUCACUGUUUUCACUUAAGUACCAUUUUAUCAAAUUGGUAUUUAAGUGUAUGCUUAGUUCAAUAUUUUCAAGGGCCAAAAAGCGUUAAUUUGAUAAAGAGAUGAAUAAUAAUUAAUACAAUUGAUGGUCAAAAUACUAAAUACUACUUUUACCAGUUACCAUCUCGUCACCAUCCUAAAACUUACUUUCCAUCUUCUAUCACGAAGGUAAUGAUACUUUGCAAUCAUCCAACUUUUUCCAUCAAAAAUUUCAAAAUAAUAUUCCACCAUGAUUAACUUGUUUUCCAAGGCUCACUGUUUUCACUUAAGUACCAUUUUAUCAAAUUGGUAUUUAAGUGUAUACUUAGUUCAAUAUUUUGAAGAGUUAAAAAGCGUUAAUUUGAUAAAGAGAUGAAUAAUAAUUAAUACAUUCAAAAUACUAAUUAAAACAUAUGAAGGAGAAUUAAGAACUCCAUCGUUUUCUACGUCACACUUCUACUAUUAACAAAACCAAACAAACUCUGACGAAGAUUAUCAGAGCGUCAGGAUGGAAAACACCCAGCAGGAAGUUCUGUGAAUAAAAAUCCGGUCAUGGAUCCGUGAAGAAAGGGUAAAUUGUUCGGUAAAUUGUCCAUGAUUUGGGUUUUCCGAAGCCAGUGACCAUUUAGAGGGGGCGACGCAUGCGUUCGUAUCCUGGACGAGGUAUCAGCAGGUUCUCCAAGUGGAGGGAGAGCGGAGGCACGUGUGAAACAGCUGUAGAUUUAAUCAGAGUGUAGAGCAGGUAGGAGAGUACGCAUCAAACGGCAGCAAGUGUGACAAGAUGUGCUAGAAGAGAAUCUAACUGGCCAGCCACGAAGAAAACAGGAAAGCCAUGACCGGGCUGAACUUCAAGAGACUACUGAAGAACAGAGUACCUAUUUUAAAAUGGCUACCCUUGUACAGGACAAACGACGCGUUUGGUGACCUAGUUGCAGGUUUCACAGUGGGCCUGACCUUAAUACCACAGGCGAUAGCGUACGCUGGAUUAGCGGGUCUGACGCCGCAGUAUGGUCUUUAUAGCGCAUUCGCCGGUAGCUUCGUGUACAUCAUUUUUGGUACCUGUCGAGAAGUGAAUAUCGGUCCAACAGCAUUGAUCUCCUUGUUGACGUAUACGUAUGCCAGAGGUAUUCCGGAGUACGCCAUUCUCCUGUGCUUUUUGUCAGGAUGCGUUACGAUCGUUCUUGGAAUCCUUCGGCUGGGUUUUCUGGUCGAGUUCGUUUCCAUACCGGUUGUCAGUGGAUUCACUUCAGCGGCCAGCGUCAUAAUUGCCUGCAGUCAGAUCAAGAAUUUGCUCGGUUUAAAAAUUCACGGGGAAAGUUUCAUCGAGAUCUGGAGGGUGUUAGCGAGCAGCAUAGGUCAGACCAGGAUACCUGACCUGAUCCUGUCCAGCUGUUGCAUUCUAACUCUGUUGACCCUGAAGAAAGUGAAAGACCUGAAGGUCUCGAAUGAAAUUUUAGGAAAAUCGAUCUGGUUCCUAGGAACUGGUAGAAACGCUUUGGUCGUGAUCUUGUGCGCAGUGGUGUCCUACGUCUACGAGGGUUACUACGGUGGGGCACCGUUUAUCCUAACAGGGCACAUCGACUCGGGGCUACCUUCCAUCGCGCCGCCAUCCUUCACCAGAACCGUCGCCAAUCAAACUGAAACCUUCUUCGACAUUUGUAAAGAUUUGGGCAGCGGUAUAGUGAUCGUUCCUUUGAUCUCGAUCAUUGGAAACGUGGCGAUCGCGAAAGCGUUCUCGCGAGGGCAGUCACUGGAUGCUACUCAAGAAAUGUUGACCCUUGGUUUGUGCAACAUCGUCGGUUCGUUCUUUCAAUCGAUGCCGGUUACCGGUUCUUUCUCCAGGAGCGCCGUGAAUAACGCCUCUGGUGUGAGGACACCAUUGGGUGGCAUAUACACCGGUGUUCUAGUCGUUCUAGCUCUAAGUCUACUCACCCCGUACUUCUAUUACAUCCCAAGAGCGACUCUGAGCUCGGUGAUCGUUUGCGCGGUGAUAUUCAUGGUCGAGGUGCAAAUACUUCGACCGAUUUGGAAGUGCAGCAAACGAGAUUUAAUCCCGACCUUCGCAACGUUCUUCGCAUGCUUGUUCGCCGGUGUUGAGAUAGGGAUUUUAAUAGGCGUGACGAUUGAUCUGGCAAUAUUAAUUUAUUUCAACGCCAGGCCGACAAUAUAUAUCGAAUACAGAAAUACGCCUACGUUAAGUUACAUCCUCGUGCAGCCCAGCGCCGGUUUGCUUUUCCCAGCAGUGGAGUAUCUGAGGAUAUACUUGCUCGAGAACUUGGCCGCUGACCAGCAUAAAUUACAGAGAACCUUCAAGAACUCGAACGUGGUCGUGUUAGAUUGCAAACACAUCGAUAAAAUUGAUUACACCGCGGCGACUGGACUGAAUAUGGUAAUGAGAGACUUUAAGGAGAAGAAUCAUAACUUGAUACUGUUACGACCUUCCAAGGAAGUUUUAAGGAGCAUCCAAUCCCUCUCUGAGGAAACGAUCAGAGUGGUCAAUACUGAUGCUGAAAUGAUAGCUGCUUUGAAAGAAUGGAACACGAUCAAACGAACUCGAGAAAUCGGUGCUGAACUAUUAGAUAUGUCGAAUGGAAAGCCUACCAGUGCUACCAAGAACGAGCAUACGAGUACGAAACUUUGAAAUCAUUGCAACAAGUUGAUCGAUGUAAAUUGGAAUUAGAAGAAAGAAGAGUAUUAAAAAUUCCUGCUAGUUCAUCGUUUGCAGUUCUCUUUUUAAUUGUAUAGUGGAAAUCGAGUUAUAAGACUAUCAACGAUAUCGUAUAAAAUCGUAAUGAAUAUUAACGUGUUAUUUAUGAUGUGUGUGUGUAUAUAUAUAUUUAUAUAUAUAAUAUUUGUAUUUGAAUUGUAUGAUAAUUCGUACGUUUUUGUAACUUUUUAUAAAGAUAUACGAAUCGAUCAGCAAUGAUAUAGUUCAUAAGAAAUUACUUGCUUUUUUUUUUUUCUAUUUCAAAAAGACUAUUGACACGUGCAUUUCUUAAUAGAGAUGAAAGAAUAAUACUGUGGUUAUAAAUGCAUAUCAGAAUAUGUUGAGGGAUUAUAGUAUAAUGUAUAUAUAUAUAUAUAUAACAUCUACCAAUUACGGCAAGUUUACGUUUUAUUUUGUAAAAACUUGUAAGUCCUCGAAAAAUAAACUAUAUGAUAUUUCUUAACAA